AUUACAAAAAAAUAAAUAAAUAUGUUAUUUUUUUUAAUUCUGCAGAGCUUGGAAAUUAUUUCCAAGCUUACCAAAAUUUAGGGUAAACACAUUAUUUAAUGCAUUUUAAUUAUAUGCAUAUAUACAUAUUCAAAAUUUUCAAUGGAUUCGCUCGUUGAGCUCGAGACAACGGAGAAGGAGCUGCUGACAGCGCAGCGUUCCAGAUUGUAUUAUCUGUCCACGAAUAGGAAAACACCCUUUGUGGAACUCUAUGCGAGCUCCGUGCUGUCGGCGUGCUGCGCCGAAAUGUUCUGCUAUCCCUUGGAUGUGCUGAAGACUCGCAUGCAGAUUCAGGGCGAGAUCGCAAGCAAAACCUACUCCAAUAUCAAAUAUAGCGGCAUGUUUGGCACUGCUCGGGCCAUUAUCCGGGAGGAGGGCUUGCAUAAGCUCUAUGGCGGCAUUUCGGCCAUGUUGUUGCGCCACGCGAUCUAUACGGGCCUCAAAAUGUAUUUGUACGAUACGCUGCGCGAGGCUUUGAUCCUUGACCAGGAUGGCAAGCAGAAAUUGACAUUUUUGCGUGGUGCCAUCUGUGGCAUUGUGGCCGGUGCUGGCGCCACUCUUUUAACCUCGCCCACCGAUCUGAUCAAGGUGCAAAUGCAAAUGGAGAGCAAACGACUUUUAAUGGGUGAACCUCCGAGAAUACACAAUGUAUACCAGGCACUCACAUCCAUCUACAAAGCGGGCGGGAUUGUAGCCCUGUGGAAGGGCACGGUGCCAAAUGCUUGGCGUUCCGGCCUCGUCACGUUAGGCGACGUUAGUUUUUAUGAUCUAAGUAAGCGCCAACUGAUGGAUAUUUUGAAUAUGCCCGAUAAUCUAUUGAUACAGUUUCUGGGCGCAAUGAUAGCUGGAUUGGCGGGAGCAGUGCUUAGCACGCCCGCAGAUGUGGUCAAGUCGCGUAUGAUGAACCAGCCAGUGGAUAAGGCGGGCCGUGGCCUGCACUAUAGAGGCACCAUGAACUGUUUCACGAAGCUGGUGCAGCAGGAAGGCUUCUUGGCCAUGUACAAGGGCUUUCUGCCGUAUUGGCUGCGCGUGGGACCCUGGGCGUUAAUAUUUUGGCUAUCCUUUGAGCAGAUCCGUAGUCUUCAUGGCGAUGCGGGUUAUUAAGGCCGAAUCAAGCU